GGGCAGUAUUGGCAUUGUGAAGCGGAUGAUUGGCUUUACCUGACUCUGUUUUGUCCUCCAACAUUUCAUAUUCCGCUUUACAAUCUCAACGGAUAGCUUUGCUCCUCUAUUAUAUCGAAAGAAAGAAACAAAAAGCACACGAUGGCCGAAAAGUCUUUGACUGGAGCAUGCCUGUGUGGAAAGAUCACCUACCGCGUGGAUCUCCCCGCUGACGCGCCAUCCUCCAAGGUUGCUCUCUGCCACUGCGAGGACUGCAAACGAAACACGGGAGCCCCCUUCUCGUCAAACCUGAUCGUCCCCAAACCCACCUUUACCUACACGGCGGGAACCCCCAAGGUGUACGCCCAUCCGUCGGGCGAUCUGGGGAACGAGCUCCAGAGACACUUCUGUGGGGAUUGUGGGUCCCCACUUAUCACGCAGCCCGGUGGGAGAGGAACCGUUACCGUCAAAACUGGCACUUUGGAUGCCGCGUCUCGUGGCGACCUGGGCUUAGCUUUAGAAAUCUUCUGUAAACGGAGGGAGCCAUGGGUGGAUCAGAUCGGGAGCGUGCCGAAGACUGAGGCCAUGCCGUAGCUGAUCUGGUCUUGUCAUAUAUAUAGAAUGAUCGCAAUACCAUGGUUCAUGAUCCACUUUGAUGGUAUUUCUACUCGCAGAGUCCUCUCAUCAAUCCAUAUCAAUGUGAGAAACAACCUCGGGUUCUGCUCGGUAACUCUAAUUCA